CGCUUGCUGUAGAAGUUAGCGGAAGUAAAGUGGAGCGGUUUUGUUUUGAUGGAAGCACAGCAUGGAAGCCGGCGAGAAGAAACGAGCUAAAGCUAAAAAAGGUGGAAGAGCAGCUCAGGGGAGAUCAGCUGAAGAGGAGGCCAGAAGGAAGGAGGUUCUAAAGGAGACCCUGAGGGAGAAGCUGGAAUUAGAGCGCAGAGCUCUACAGGUGGUGGAGAGGCUCCUGGACAACAGCGUGACCGAGGACUUCCUGACCGACUGCACUCGACUGAUCACUCCGGCGAACUACAGGGACGCAGUGGAGGAGCGUUCCAUCGCCGGAAUGUGCGGCUAUCCGGUCUGCUCCAACACGCUCGCUAACGUUCCGAGUCAGAAGUAUAAAAUUUCCACCAAGACCAAUAAGGUGUAUGAUAUCACCGAGCGUAAGUGCUUCUGCAGUAAUUUCUGCUACAAAGCCUCAAAAUACCUCGAAAUCCAGAUUUCCAAAUCCCCGAUGUGGCUGAGAAAGGAGGAGAGACCUCCUGAGGUGAAGCUGCUGAAGAAGGGAGAUGGAGGCACGUCAGGUCUGGAGGUCAAGCUAUCAGACAGACCUGUGAGCAAAUCGGACAUCGAGAAUCCGAUCCCGGGAUCUACCGGGUCACACGGAGUCUCCAGCGAGAGCGAGUACAGUGAUGAGGAGGAGCAGGGCUUCGUGUCCAGCGUGGUGACCAGACAGCAGCGGCGUGUUCACUGGGGGGAUCUCCCCCGACGGGACGCGGAAAACCAACCGCAUGCUGCUGAAUCCAGAGUAUCGGACGUGAGGCGUGAGACAGAGAAGAGCAGUGAUGAGGUCACUACGGUCUCUGGACCAGGCAGUGACUCGGUAUCAGUGGAUGAAACCCGGGAGCUUCUACAGCAGGUAGAUCUCUCAGACACCUCGAGAACUGCUCCGGAUCAGAACUCUCUGGAAACCAGCCUCAACAUCUCCCAAGUGGGGAUGAGUAAAAAAACUGCUGCCGGUCUCCGAAACCUGCUAAAGAGCCACAGGAAAGUAAAAGCUGAAGCUCCAGCAGUCACAGUCAUCCUGCUGGAAGCUCUCACACACACCCUGAUGGAGUGGAGAACCGAGGAGACCAUGAGGUUCCUCUACGGACCAGAUUACACCUCACACUGCAGGACCGAGCUGCAGAACGAGGAGGAGAAGGAGGAGGAGCUGGAUGAAGAUGACCUGGAGGAUGUAGACAUGGUGAAGCAUUCAGGAGGAGGUGCAGGAGAAGGUGCAGCAGGAGGAGGUUCAGGAGAAGGUUCAGGAGAAGGAGCUGAGGCUCGACCCUCUGCAGCAGCACCUGAUUACGAGACUCUGAGGAGAGAGACACAGAUGCUGGAGCUCCGAGUGCAGGAGUUUUACAGAGGAGUGUGUGUCCUGCCUGAGGAGGUGCAGACACACGCUGUGGAGGAGAAAACACACAGUGAGGAGAGAGAGAAGGUUCCUCCUCUGGUGCUGGUCGAGUCUCAGCGAGCGAUCCAGAGACGCAUUGUCGUGGAGAAGCUCUGUAGAAGUCUAAAGGAUGUCGUCGGGCCUCUGGGUGUCACCAUGAGUGAGAUCAUCAAUGAUAUCAACGGCAUCGUCCGGACGUUCAGACUGACGAGUGUUAACAUCAUCCACAAGCCUCCAGAAUGGACCCUGAUUGGCGUCGUUUUGCUGUUAGCGUUAACCGAGGUGUCUCCGUCACUGAGGGAGUCGAUGGCCAAGGCCUGUUCGCUCGAGUACAUCAGCUCUCUCAUGAAGGAGCUCCAGCUGAAGGACGAGGAUCUGCAGAGCCUGGUGAAGCUCCUCAAGCCUGACAGGAAAUCGUACGCUACACGCUCAGCUAUGGAGUAGAGCCCAGAAAAUCCGGCAAUUUAUUAAUCACCUGAUUUAUUUUUAAGUAAUGGAGUCAUGUGAACCAGAACUCUGGACCUGUGGUCCUGAAGAAUGUAGUGCGACGGAAUCAUAUGUGUGGAUCAUAAACGUGUGAUCGAUUUGUUGUGCAAGCUGAUAAACAUCACAUGAUCUCGCUGAUUAAAUCUGUACAUGAACUGUGUAUGGGCGUGGCCUUAUAUUCUAACGAGCACAUUUGAUUGACAGCGCUGUCUGAGAAUCCACAAAACAGCACAAAACCCAGGAAUUUUACCAGAGUUCCAAAGGAGCUAUGCUGCCUUAGCUAGAUUAGCAUUUUUUUACUUUAUUUAGCUGUCACUUGCUAGCUUAGCUAUAUGAGUUUUUACUUGCUAGGUAAAAGUUCACUUGAUAGACAGCUUUUAAUAAGUAGGUGUAGCUUUCGAUUGCUAGGUUAACUUGUACUCGCUAAUUUAGCUGUUACUUUCUAGGUUAGCUUUUAUUUGCUAUAUUAGAUUUUCCUCAGUGGGUUAACUUUACCUUGAUAGAUUAGCUUUUACUAAGUUGGUGUAGUUUUUAAUUGCUAGGUUAGCUUUUACUUUAUCUCAAUAUGUUGCGCUUGCUAGGUUAGCAUUCUUUUGGUUUCUCUAAAGAUUAGCCGUCAUACAAUGGUUAAAUUAAAUUUUAAAAAAAUGUCCCCAAUAGUUCAGACCCCCACACGAUUAGCCUUGAUCUCUACAUUUAAAACAUUUCAACUUUCAAGAAAAGGAUCAUGAUGGGUUCUAUCUUUCUAAAGGUUCUACCUGGAACUUAAUUUCCCCAGAAAUGUAAAUAUAUUGUUCUAGGGUUCUUUAUUCCCAUUAUUCUCAUAUUUUUUAUUUUGCCUAAAGCUCAGAACGAGGACUACAUUCUCUUUUUUCACAGACUUAAUGCGAAUGUACCUGAAGUGCAAAAGCUGAAAGUUCUGGAGAAUGUUUGCAUCAUAAAGCGUAAGAGCCAAUCAGGUUCCUGUAUGCAAAUGACAUUCAAGGCAAACACUUGUUCACAAGACAAAUGGGGCGGAGCAUAAAGGGUUAAAGGAGAUGGUUUUGAGUCAUUUGAUGAAAGGGAGAAAAAUA